AUGAAUAAUACAAGCGGCAGUCGCUCUCCAGAGCCACAUCCGGUAAAACGGCGCCGGGUAGCUUUGGCCUGCGACCCCUGCAGGACUCGGAAGUCUCGAUGUGAUGGAAAUCGCCCAAAGUGCUCCUUGUGCAGUGAUUUGGGCUUUGACUGUGCUUAUACGCCGUCAUCGACGGCGACUAAUGUCAUCGUUCAGAAAGACUAUUUGAGUGGUCUCGAAGGACGUGUCAAAGCUUUGGAGGACUCGCUGUUAGUAAUCCGAGAUGACCUCAGUGGGCUGUCCCAUCGUGUGGACCAGGGACACGACCCUAAAGACGGACACGAUGAAGAUGUUCCACCAGGCUCUGCGAUGCCAGAUCUCACGGGGACGGAAGAUUCCGUUGAUGGAAUGGGCACUGUGAAGCUGGCUGAAGAGGAGGACUCGGGGUUUUUCGGUCCAUCGUCGAAUGUCGCCUUUCUGCGACACCUGACGCGAGGAAUCGUCAACUCCGGGACCCUGGGCGGAGGCCUGACAAACCGUAUGCUCAAAACGGGCGUUUACGAAGGCGGAUUUGUCAACGCUUCUCGUCCGCCUAGCCCGAGAAUACGCUCAAGCAAUCAAUCGUCCAAACGUGGCGGAAAGAAUAACAUCUUUGUGGUCCCCGCUGAGUCGGAAACGCUGGAGCUCAUCCAUCGGUUCUUCUCGGACACAGGGCUGUUGUUCCCGUACAUAUACCCGCCUGCCUUUCUCGAAACGUAUCACCAGGUAGCAAGGGAGAACUUUAGCAAAGUAAGGCGGACGUGGCUGGGCUUAUUGAAUAUGGUGCUCGCCAUGUCCACGAUUACGACCAGUCCUGGGGUGGCUGAUGCCGAUGCGCGGAUUGCCGAAUCAGAUGUCUUUUACCAACGGGGUCUCGGGCUCUGCGGUAGUGAGAUUCUUCGGGGCACCACUGUGGAAGUUGUCCAGUUUCUUCUCCUGAUGGGCCAGUACCUUCAAGGGACGCAGAAGUCUGUGCAAGCAUGGACCAUUCAUGGGCUGGCUGUUAAAGCUGCCCUUCAACUUGGGUUGCAUUCCCGGGAUGCCUCUAGGGCUUUCUCUCCUGUUGAACAAGAAACGAGGAAGAGGACGUGGUAUGGUUGUGUUGUACUAGACCGGACGUUAAGUAUGACUUUCGGACGCCCUGCAGCCAUCCCAGAUAGCUAUGUCAAGCUUGAACUACCAGCAGCCCACCCUGACCUGGACAUCUCCGCGGUGAUAGAGUCUGAAACGAGUAGUCUUUCUCUGUCAUUCUUUAACUCAUCCAUUGAGCUAUACAAGCAAAUGUGGACCAUCCUUGACCUCCUCUACGGCCAAAACCUAGGCUGCGACAUCCCCCUCAGCGUUAGCCAAACUGUCUCCCAGGUCUUCUCCAUAGAGCAACACCUGUUCAUCUGGGAGAAGUCCCUCCCGGACGGACUACGCUUAAUUAACAUCGCAGGCUUGAGAAACGCAGCCCAAGAGCCCUCUUCAAACACGGCGCACUUUUCCUGGAAAUUCCGCACCAUUCUCACUCUCCGACAUUUGAACCUCCGCGUUCUCCUGCACCGUCCGAUACUCGUCAAAUUCAUCGACGCCUGUGGGGGCCUACAGUCUGAUCUUCAGGAGCUGAAACUUCUUCAGCAGAUGGGGCCGAAUAGUCUGCGCGUAUGUGCGGACUGUGCCAUGGAGAUUAUUGAUAUCAUCUACGAUAUUGUCUAUGACCCUGGAUGGCGACGUAGCCUUUUGGGAGCGUGGUGGUUCUCGCUCUACUAUACAUUCAACGCGGCUUUUGUCAUUCUGGGUCUGCUUUGGGUCUGUCGAAACGAGGUUGUAACAGGUCAAUCGAUGGCUGAGUUGCUCGACCGCGCGCAGUCAUACCCUUGUCGGGCGAUUGCCGCCCUUCUUAAACUCGACGGCGGAAACCGGAUGGUUGACCGCUCAACCUCAGACCCAACUCUCGGCCCCAGCUCUGGUCUUUAUAACACGGCAUCGCUAGCUCCGCCAAGCGACUUCCAUUUCUCGCCGUUGGGUAUGGAGUUUGGCGAGUUCAUGGUGGACGGUGAUCUCCUGGCUUUGCUUAAUCGGGAGUAG